CUUUCUUUCCCCCCAAAAGACGAAAAGAAACAUGUUGCAUAUCCUUGCGCUCCAAUGUGUCCUGCUACUUUUAGGAGUAGCCGACUGUAGAGUCUUAGAGGGAUUGCAGAGAUAUUCGUCCAUCCCCACGUACCUGCCUGUCAACUACCGGGUCUACAACGCUGAGUCUGCAUUCUUCCUGAAGGAAGCCAACCAGGACUUCAUGAGGAACUCUAGCCUGCUGUCACGGACUGAACCCUUCUUCAUUUACCAGGCUCGCAGUUUGCCUUCAAUCAAUGCCAGCUAUGGACCUAUGUCUGUGGAGCAGCCUGUCCCUCUGGAGCUUCUCCAGAGCCCCGGGACAUUUCCUGCCUCCUCUAUGUUUACCUUCAACUGGAAGAUACAGACCUUUAUCAUCAACAACAGGAUUCACCUUGCCAAACCCAAAGUCCAGGUACUGUUCUAUGUUGCAGGCAGGGACUGGGAUGACUACAGUGCCAUUGACAAGCUGCCUUGUGUGCGUAUGUUUGCUUUCCAUGAGACCCAGGAGGUGCGUGGCACUUGCCAGCUGAAAGGGGAAUUGGGAUUGUGUGUGGCUGAACUAGAGCCCCUAGCCAGCUGGUUCAGUCCACCUAGUGUGGUGCCAGGGCGCCAACGGGCCCCAGAUGUGUCUGAGGGCACUGCAGUGGAGCUCUACUACAUGUUACAGUCAACAGAGACAGGGGAGUGCCAUUUAGAUGAGGUGAAGAAAGACAACUUCAUCCGCUCAAGCCAGGAAGGGCUGUUUGGAUCCUAUACCUCCACUCCUCUGAGAAGGAUCGGCAGUGUUAGGCUCUACCAAAAGCCUGCUCCUCCCCCACUGGCUGAACAUAGACUGGAUAAUAACUUCAUGGUAAUGGUGCCUGCCACACCCAUGAGACAGAGGGACACAGUCUCUGCCUUCAUUACUGUGUCUGCCUACUCUCCUGUGGAGAUGUUUACUCUCAGGGUGAAGCUGAAAGAGGGGGUGAUGUUCCUCGGGGCCCGUCCCAGCAACCCCACCCAGUGGAUCGUCAGCCAGGACGUGAGGAGCGAGGGCCAUCGGGUAGUCACGCUCCACUGCCGCAGGAAAGAGUCCACGUACGACCAGAGGUCUGAACUGGGGGCUCAGAGGGUGCUUCAGGUCGAUCUGAAAAUGGAAAGCCUCCCGGAGCCUCUCGGCAGCCGCUGGAUGGCCUGGCAGGUGGAGUACCCGGGCAGCCGAGCCGCCACACAAGAGAGCGAGACACAGAUCCGACUGGCGCGAGAGGACCUUGCGGGAAUCAUGCCUCUGGCUAUGGUGUCGGACAGGUGCGACUAUGUUUAUGUGAAUGGCAAGGAGAUGAAGGGUAAGAUGAGGAUGCUGGUGAACUUCACUUACAGCUACUUGAACGCUCAGUUGGAGCUCAGCGUGUGGAUCCCGCGGCUCCCUCUUCAGAUAGAAGUAUCUGACACCGAGCUGAGCCAGAUCAAAGGUUGGAGGGUGCCCAUCAUGGCAAGCAGCCAGAGGUCCACACAGGACAGUGAGGAUGAAGAUGACGAAGAUCGACGGGGGCGAAGCUGCACUCUACAGUACCAAAACGCAAUGGUCAGAGUGCUGACUCAUUUUGUGGCCGAACCGCCCGAUCCUCGGGGUCAGAUGAGCUUCAUGCUGGGCACUGAUUGGCAGGUGGACAUCACAGCGCUGGUGCAGGACUUCCUGAAGGUAGAGAAUCCACAGAUCGCACAGCUACUGGAUGGGAGAAUACUCAUAGGACUCGACAUGGGAAUGACCACUAUCCAGGUGUUGUCUCCUUUGUCAGACUCCAUCUUGGCAGAGAAGACUAUCACAGUGGUAGAUGACAAAGUGACCAUCACAGAGUUGGGGGUCCAGUUGGUCACAGGCCUCUCCAUGUCCCUACAACUCAGCCCUGGUAGCAAUCAGGCCAUCCUGGCUACCACAACCACGCAAGAGGUGCUGCGGAGCCCCAAACAGGAGGCCCUGAUCAGUGCCUGGUUACAGUUCAGUGAUGGCUCUAUGGCCCCGCUGGACCUGUACAACCCUGACUUUUUUGUCCUGACAGCCACCUCUCUUGAUGAGGAGGUUGUAACUGUGCACCAAGACCCCUCAUGGAAGUGGCCUAUCAUGGUGACAGAGGCUGAGGGCCAGGGUCUGCUGGUCAGGGUUGAAAUGACCGUCUGUGAGCUCUGCCAAAAGUUUAAGCGUCGCAGCAUCCUGGCAGCAGGGAAUUGUAACAUCCGAGUGAAGUUUGGCCAGAGUGACAGCUCCAGGGGUGGGACCAGUGACUAUGGUCCAGAUGGAGAAGACAUGGAGAACAGGGCCAGGCUCUCCCCCUCACAGGACAGGACCAGCCUGGACACCCACUACUAUGGCAGCUCCAUCUCUGACAUGGAAGAUGGAAUAUUAAAGAGGGCCACUACUACUAAAAGUGCUAUUAUGCGCAAGCCCAAUGGUAAUAAGCUAUCUGAUGAGAGCGACCAAAACAUGUCCAUAGACUUCUCCGACUUCCCAGCCCAAGUGGACCUUCCCAGGGGUCGCAAUGUGAACGAUGACCUCAUCCAGACGACGCGUGGGCUGACCGACCUGGAGAUUGGCAUGUAUGCCUUGCUGGGAGUCUUCUGCCUGGCCAUCCUAGUAUUUCUCAUAAACUGCAUCUCCUACACCCUCAAGUACCGCCACAAGGAGCUAUCCAUCGAAGGCCAGGAGAACAUGAACCACGCCCAUGACUGGGUUUGGCUGGGGAAUGAGGCAGAGCUACUGGAGAGCCAAGUCAGUUUAUCACCCCAGCAGGAGGAACAAACCUCCAUGAUAGACUCCAGCAGUGGGCUAGAGGAAGGCAGCCACCUGCUCAAUGGGGGCUCAGCCCAGAAGAACGUGCAAGGCCAGGUACAUUGUCCGCCAGACACAGGCUGCUCGGCCAAGGAGAGCAAAGGAGACUCGCCCACCACCAAAAGAAAGAGAGUCAAGUUCACCACAUUUACCACUAUCCCACCGGACAAUAGCUUCCCCGCAGUCAACAUGCUCAGUGUGCGCCACAGCCAGGACAUUACGUGGGUUUGCCAGGACGUGGAGCUGGGAGAUUCCAAGGAGCUGCACAGCUACAUGGAAAGGUUGAGCAAUGUUGCUUCAAACGAGGUGGUGUAGUGUACUUUGUGCACUUGUAACAAACUCACCUUUAUGCCUUUCACAGGAAGGUGGGUCUGGACAGAACCUGGACCCAUGAUUAGUUGAAAAUGAGAACUUUUUUUUCACCCAAAACUGCCAAAGGGUCGUUAAAACUCACGAUGACAAAAAGAUUCAUGAAACCACGUAGGACUGAUGGUAAAUCGCAAACUUGAAAAUGGUCAUUUAAUGAGGAUGUCAGUUCGUUCUUUUUAUUUCUAAUGUUUAUUCAUAAUUUCCUUUUUGUCAUGAUGUCAUUGUUAUGGUUUUAUAUAGAAUCAAACAAUAUUCACAGGAAAGAUCUGCAUUAACCGUGAAAUGUGACACUGAUUUGAUGUAGAUUGAAGAACGUUAACACGCCUAGAUAAAUGUCAAGGUCGUAUGUACACAAUUAAUAGUUUUGGAAGUUUUUUUUUUUGUAACAUUUUGGAUAUUAAUUUCCAGAUCCUUACUCCUAAGAGGAGCUCUGGAGAGUCCAAAGUGAGCCAAGAGAAAGUCCUGCAUGUGGUUGGACAGAAAGGCACAAUUUUUCAGUUCAUCCUCAUCUUCCUUAACACAGGAGAAGACACAACGUCUUGCUAUGUAUAUAUUGAACAGUCCUC